AUGGAUGGAGUGUUCACGCUGCGCGCGUUCUCGUCUCGUCUCGCGCGCAGGACAUUUCCAGCCGAGGACUCGGUUUCGAUGAUGAUGGGCGACUUUUACCCCGUGGGUGUGCCAGAUGCGAAACAGGAAGCGGCACAACGAAACGAGGCGAUUCAGUGGAUUCAGGACCACAUUACCUACUUUCUUGAAGAAGCAAAACUCUCGUACGUGAUCGACAUCGUCCCUUACGAUAUGCAAACCGGAAGUAUCGGCGAGAUAAUGGUGGAAAAAUCUGAACUCAUCGACGAAGUCGCCGCGAUCGUUCUCGCAUCCACGUCGAAAGGACGCAUUCGCGAAUUUUUCAUCGGUUCGGUGUGCAACUACGUGCUUCAUCACGCCAAAAAGCCUGUCUUCGUCUACAAACCCACCGCGGAGGACGAGCGAUUGGAAGAAGAGCGCGUCAAGACGAUGGCGAGGAGCGAGGGAGAAAAGAAAGACACAUGA